UAUGAUUUAACAAAAUAAAGACUGAAUAUGUGAUUUCAUAACCUACAAAAAGUGGUAUUUUUUAUAAAUAAGUAUUAAUCGAAACAUCGUUUUCUAGAAUUAAGUGCGUGGUAAUAAUUAUCAAAAUAAGAGAAAAGAAAAGAAGAAAUCAUGUUGGAGAAAAAUGAAUCAAAUGAAAUGUUACCAUUACCAUCUGACAAAAUGCCAGAUUGUUGGAAUCAGGAUAAUAGAAUGAAUGCACUAUUUUCUCCAUUCCGUAGUAAAUCUGCUAAUCAACAGGAUUGGGUAUCAAAAUACAAAUUUUGGAAUGAUCUUAUUUAUACAUGGUUAAGGCAUACAGAACAAUGUCAUUUUUCUCUCUUCGAUUUGAAUCAAAUCUUUAAACGUAAGGGCUGCACUCCCCUUUGUUUAACAACAGUUAUCGAAGAAAUGCUAAGGAAUGGAGAAAUAAUAUCAGAAGAAGAAUUUUUAAAAGAAUCAAGCGAAUCUUGGGCUAUAUGGUCUUUGGAUAUAUUUAUUAAAAAGCCACUUAAAUGGUCCUUUUAUAAAAUGAAAGAUUACGUAAUAGGACAGAAUAUAAAUGUUAACACCAAAUACGUACAUCUUAAAGCAACAAAAGAAAUAGCUGAACUUAUACUUUCUACGAUGGUCAAUGAUAAAGAAAACGUCCUUAUUUCUACGUUAGAAAUUCUUGAAAAAUGUAAAAAAGAAGAAUGUCGAUAUAAUAUUAAUGAAAAUACUUUGAAAUUAGCAUUGACUUGGCUUAAGCAUCAUAAAAAGGCUGUUUUGAGAAAGAGUUCAAUCAAUGACGAAUUGUUAGUUAAAUUUUCUACACAAACAAUUAACGAAAUUUCAGAAGUAGAAAAGACAUUGUACGAACUGUUGAAUCAAGAAAAUAAACUCGAAAAGGAAAUUGAAUUAUUGGAGAAAGAAAAAAUGCUCGCUAUGGAUAAAGUUAAAGCGUAUUUGGGUAAGGAAAUGCGACAAGUAGCGAAAACUCAUUUGAGAAAAAAAAAUCAAAUAGAUAAAAUAAUCGAGAAACGUGCAAACGUACUUGGAAAUUUACGUAAUCUUAUAUUAAGUAUUCAGGAUACGCAUUCAAACAUUAACGUAAUUGAUGCUUUCAAACUUGGCUCUAAUUUGUUGUCACAAUUUGAAAAUAAUGGAUUAACAGAGCAAAAAGUCAGAAAUGUUAUAGAUAAUUUAAAUGAGACUUUAGAAAACUGUCAAGAUAUACAAUCUGCGUUAUCAGAAGUAUUACCAAAUACUGAUUUUGUAACGGAUUCAGAUUUAGAAAAAGAACUUGCAGAAUUAAUGAAUGAUAAUGAAAAUGAUAAUGAUAAUGACAAUAAGUUGACAACUAAUACAAAUAAUAAUAAAGAAUUAGAAGAUAUGGAACAACGAUUAAGAAAUUUAAGUGUAACAGGUUUACCUUCACUUCCAAACUCUUCCCCACUAAAAGAUGUACCUUCGAAGACAUCAACCCCUAUAAAAAAGGACAAGAUAUUGAUAAAUGCUGAAAAUAUGUGAAUUAGUAUUUCAUAUGUUGUUUUAUAUUUUUUCAAAAGAGUGUUUGUUUUACAUUUUGAUGAGAUAUAUUUAUACAUUUUAAAU